AUGAUUCCUUCCAUGUUUGGAUCGAAGAAGGCAGACAGAUCUCCUGUGUUUACAGAGGACGAUAUCCGGAAACUAAUUCUGUCAUUCCCACCUCCGGAACCACGACCUGGAAAAGAAUCUCUCGUUCGCAGUCUCUCUGGCCGUAAUCUCAUUCGCUCAGAUGCAGUCAUCAAGCGUUUCCACACUCUACUCCAGAAUGCUACUGGCCCCAUCUUCUUGAAUAGUCUGCACAACGAAUUGGGAGUUCAUGAUAUCCAAUGGAUCCUGGCGCAAGAAGACGAACGCAUCUAUUAUAACAGAGACCGCCGACGACUUCUACCUGAAGGUACUCAAAAAACUAUAUACCAGGGUAUCAAGAGCGAAUUGGCUACUGGUGGUAUGGAUUUGGACAGGGUUGCUGCUGAAAAGGAUAUCACCCUCGCCACACUUCGACGUAUUCUUGCUGCACAGGAUGCCAGCCUUGCCCUCGAGGAUCUUGACAACGAGAAGACUUAUGACUCGAAAUAUCUGGAACGAGUCAAGGCAGAAAUCUUGAAGACCAUCAGAGAUACCCAGACCGCGGUCACGCUCAACAACACCUUCCCCCAAGUCCCUAUUACUUGGCUAGAGUCAACAGCUAGAGAUAUAUUAUCACAAGAUGGCAACGAGGCUCAGGGUAUCGUUGAGUCAGUAUCUGGUGGUCUACGUUUCACACCGCAGUCUCUGCUUGUGCAGCAUAAGAGCGAGCUCCAGCAAGCACAGGAUGCGUAUAUUCAACACGCUGUAAAGGAACUGACCGAGACUGGCUACUGCGAGGUCACUGCGAACUCUCGACCGCAAAUUCUCCAGAAGGCUUCGGAUGCGGAUCUCACUCAGGCAAUCUUGAAGCAAUUUGCGCAGAAGGAUAGUACUUCCAAAGUGCUCGAGUUGAGCACAAAGGACUCGUCGUUCCUCAUACGAGAGAAAGAGCUUUCUGAACAGCUAUCGUUACUCGCUGCAAAAGCUGCAGACGCAGCCUCUGAGCAAUGGCCCUCAAGACGACCAGGCGAGGAUGUAACCUUUGAUCCAAGCAAGCUAUUUGAUGCCAACUCCUCCUCUCUCGACCAAGCGGUCCUCGAAUCUGGCGAUCCAGACAACAAGACCAGAACAAGCUUCGAAACCAAGAUCGUCCAGCUCCAACAAGACACCACCGAAUCAUUCGCAUCAACAAUUCAAUUCGAACUUCUAGCACCUCUAAAGUUAUACACCCAAGCCGCCGACUCAAUCACAGAUCCUACACUUCAACCCCGAGUUCAAGAGUUCGUCUACGACUGGGCCCGCAAAGAACUGACCCCAGAAGUCUUGAAAACCAUCAAAGAUAACAACCUCAUCUCUUCAAAAUCAGCAUCCAGAGAUAUGGACAAAUUCUCCGACGCGAUCCAAGCAGCAAGGACCCUGGACGAUCUUCUCACCGCAACCGCAAAACUAGCCCGAAAGCAAAAGAUCGAACAACCUUCUCCCUCUCUCCUGCAACAACGCAAACAAGAGAUCCUAACUCAAAAAGUGGCGGGUAUGAAGAGGAUGAAGCGUGCCUCUGAUUUAUUGCAGAAUGUUAUUUGGAUUCUGCUGGCGAAGCAGAGGGAAGGGUUGUACAUGAGUUCAGGAAAGGAUACCAGUAGGAUGAUCAAGAUGGUAAAGGAAGGGGAUAAAGAAGCUGGAGGAAAGUUGGAGGAGUGGAGGGAUCUGGUCAAGCAGGGUAAAGAUACCGAUGCGACGAGAAAGGAGAUGAGGGAUGUGGCUGCCAAAGCAGUGGAGGAACUCAAGGCUGGCCCUGAAGUAGCAUCAAGCGAGGUAGAGACGACCGAUACUGCGGAUGAAGUAAAAGAGGAGGAAAACACGACUUAG